AUGGGCCCCGCCUCCGAACUCCUCCAGAAUGGACCUCAUUCAAGCCAUCCCUCCUUCUUUCACCUCGUCCUUCUCGUCUUCGAGGCCGUCCUCGAGGUCGUCUGUGUCAGUCUCCCGGGGUACAUUGCGGCAAGACAUGGCAUGUUCGACGCCGAUGCUCAGAAGUUGGUGGCCAACUUAAACGUCAUGUUAUUUACCCCAUGCCUGAUCUUCACCAAGCUGGGGUCCCAACUGACAGCUGAGAAACUCUCCGAUCUCGCCAUCAUCCCCUUGAUUUUCGUCGUUCAAACCUUCGUCUCCUAUAUGUGUGCCUUUACCGUCUCUCGAUGCUUUCGCUUGAAAAAAAGGGCUGCGAACUUUGUAACGGCCAUGGCGGUCUUCGGUAACUCAAACUCGCUUCCCAUUUCCCUCGUCAUGUCACUUUCGCAAACUCUCAAAGGUCUUCACUGGGACCGGGUCCCCAACGACAACGACGACGAGGUUGCCGCACGAGGCAUCCUAUACCUUCUCAUCUUUCAACAACUAGGUCAACUCGUCCGUUGGAGCUGGGGUUAUCAUGUGCUCUUGGCUCCUCGAGACCGUUAUCUGGAGGAAGGAGAACGGGUGGUGCUCGGAAUUGAGCCCGGCCAUGAGCGCUACACUGACAAUCCGGACGAGGUUGAACCCGACGAGCCCCUGGUUUGCACCCGCGGGAGCUCCGAUGACCUGUCGGAGCACUCUCAGACGGGCUGCUCUCGAAACUCGGACGGAUUUCUUUCCGGAGAUCAGACACCAGUGACCACGCGCACUUACUCGUACACGAAGCUGGCCCCUCAGGAUGCUGCCAAUGGCGACGACAACUCACCCCCCGUACUUGGCCCCCCUCCCAAUGGACCUUUUUUGCCGAGACAGAGCUCUCGUGGGGAUAUCCUGUGCUUCCCCAAUGUGGAAGUUCCGGACGCAGAAUCUUCCACUGGGUCGGGUCUCUUCUCCAAAUCGAAGGCCUACGCACACCGUCUGGCCGGUCGUUUUGCGAAAGGCUGGGAGAAGCGGACGGACGCCCUGUUCCGAAGACUUCCAACCGGUCUACAGAAGUCCAGCUCAGCCUGCUGGGGAGCCCUCCGGCGAUUUGUUCGCGGCGUCUGGGCGUUCAUGAACCCGCCUCUCUGGGCAAUGCUGGUCUCCAUUGUGGUGGCGUCCGUGCCCUCGCUGCAGCGCAUUUUCUUCAACGAAGGCACUUUUGUGAAUAACUCUGUGACGCGAGCCAUUGGUCAAAACGGCCAAGUUGCCGUCCCUUUGAUUCUGGUGGUGUUGGGAGCAAAUUUGGAGCGUAAUACGCUGCCGGAAGAGGCACGCCAGGAUUUGGAACACCCGAAAGAAGAGCGUAAGCUCAUUGUUGCCUCGCUGGUGGCCCGCAUGCUUCUCCCCACGCUGCUCAUGACCCCUUUGCUUGCCUUACUCGCAAAAUACGUGCCCGUCAGUAUCUUGGAUGAUCCGAUCUUCAUCAUCGUCUGCUUCCUGCUUACGGGUGCCCCAUCCGCCCUGCAGCUGGCCCAAAUCUGCCAGAUCAAUAACGUCUACAUCGGGGCGAUGUCGAAGCUGCUGUUUCAAAGUUAUGUUGUCUGGAUUCUGCCUUCGACCCUUGUUCUGGUCAUGUGCGCCUUGGAGGUCGUGGAGUGGGCCACCGCUGCUUCCUAA